GACAUUUAAUAAUUCAGUAUAUGUUUAUAUUUCAAUAGAUAUGUCGCUAAAUAUGAUCAAUAAACUUUUCAAAGUUAAUUAUAAUGCGACAUUGCAAAUUAGAUGUUAUGCAACAAGAAAAAGGUUUUACAAAAAGACAAAUAUAUUAUAUAGUGAUGGAAAAUAUGAAGUGACAUUAGAUCAACGAAAAUUAAAAUCGCCUUCAGGAAAACCAUUUAGAGUUCAAGUUCAACCUCUUGCUUUAGCUGUAGCGACAGAAUGGGAAGCACAGAAAAAGAAUAUACAACAGGGAACCAUGUAUUUGAACGCAUUAUGCUCUACAUUGAUAGAUAAUCCCAGCAAUUUAACAAAACCUGACAUGGUAAAUUAUAUUGUUAAUUAUUUAACAACAGAUGCUUUGCUUUUCCAUUCGGCGUCAGAUGAUCCACUAUAUGCUCUCCAAUGUAAAGAAUGGGAUCCAAUAAUUGAAUGGUUUUGCGAUAGAUACAAAGUCAAUGUUAAAAAAUCCAGAGACAUCACCCCUCCUGAAAUUAGUGAAGAGUCAAAAAUGGCUCUUUCAAAUUAUUUAUAUUCCCAUAAUAUUGCAUCUAUGCAGGGAUUAGUUUUUGCAGUUGAUACAGUUAAAUCAGUCAUUCUAGCAUUAGCUUGUGCCGAUAAAUUCAUUAGUACGGAAAAAGCAUCAUAUUUAUCUAGACUUGAAGAAGAAUUUCAGUUGGGGCAUUGGGGUCGGGUAGAAUGGGCGCAUGAUGUUGAACAACUGCAGCUACAAGCUAGAUUAUCUGCAGCUACCAUGUUUAUACACUUAAAUACAUUUGAAAUGUUUGUUAAAUCAAAGAGAAAUAUAGAGGAUGUAUAAAAAUUGUAGAACAAAUAGAAGUAUGUAUAAUUUCAUUAUUUAUUUUUAUUCACUUGUUUCUCAAUGAUUCUCUUAUACUACAUUUUGCUAAAGCCUUUAAAUGUUUCGCAUAUUCUUUUUUACUUUU